AUGUAUCAGUGGAGGAAAUUCGAGUUCUUCGAGGAGAAAUACGGAGGGAAGAGCGCCAUUCCUGAGGAUGUUACGGCAGGGAAGAUCGAGUGCUGUUCCAGCGGGAGAGGGAAGGUGGUGAUCGGCUGGGACGAUGGCACUGUCAGCUUACUGGAUCGUGGCCUCAAGUUCAAUUUCUCUUUCCAAUCUCACUCUUCCUCUGUCAUCUUCCUCCAGCACCUUAAGCAAAGGAACUUUUUGGUGACUGUUGGUGAGGAUGAACAAAUAUCUCCGCAGCAAUCUGCCAUGUGCCUCAAAGUUUUUGAUCUCGAUAAGAUGCAAUCCGAAGGCACGAGUGCAACCACCCCUGAUUGUAUUGGAAUAUUGCGGAUAUUCACCAAUCAAUUUCCCGAAGCAAAUAUUACUGCAUUCUUAGUACUAGAGGAAGCUCCUCCAAUACUGCUCAUAGCUAUUGGUUUAGACAAUGGUUGCAUUUACUGUAUCAAAGGGGAUAUUGCGAGGGAACGAAUCACACGCUUCAAGCUCCAGGUGGAUAAUGUUUCCGAUAAAAGUCAUUCAUCUAUUACAGGUCUUGGAUUCAGAGUGGAUGGUCAAGCCCUUCAAUUAUUUGCUGUGACUCCAGAUUCAGUGAGCUUGUUCAGCUUGCAUAAUCAACCACCCAGGAGGCAAACCUUGGAUCAGAUUGGAUGUAAUUUCAAUAGUGUUACGAUGAGUGAUCGCUUGGAGUUAAUAAUUGGCCGACCUGAGGCUGUGUACUUUUAUGAAGUUGAUGGGCGUGGUCCUUGUUGGGCAUUUGAGGGAGAGAAGAAAUUCCUAGGGUGGUUUCGUGGCUAUCUUUUAUGUGUUAUUGCAGACCAAAGGACUGGCAGAGAUAUUUUCAAUGUUUAUGACCUGAAGAACCGUUUAAUAGCCCACAGUCUAGUGGUUAAAGAAGUUUCUCACAUGCUGUGUGAAUGGGGUAACAUUAUACUUAUAAUGACUGACAAAUCAGCUUUGUGUAUCGGGGAAAAGGAUAUGGAAAGCAAGUUAGACAUGCUCUUCAAGAAAAAUCUGUAUACCGUGGCUAUCAAUCUCGUCCAGAGUCAGCAAGCUGAUGCUGCUGCUACUGCCGAAGUUCUAAGGAAGUAUGGAGAUCAUCUAUAUAGUAAACAAGAUUAUGAUGAGGCCAUGGCCCAGUACAUCCACACUAUUGGUCACCUUGAACCCUCGUACGUGAUACAGAAGUUUCUGGAUGCACAAAGAAUAUACAACCUUACGAAUUACUUGGAAAAAUUACACGAGAAGGGGCUUGCUUCUAAAGAUCAUACAACCUUGCUCUUGAACUGCUAUACCAAAUUGAAAGAUGUUGAAAAGCUUAAUGUAUUUAUUAAAAGUGAAGAUGGUGCUGGAGAACAUAAGUUUGAUGUUGAGACUGCAAUAAGGGUCUGCCGUGCUGCCAAUUACCAUGAGCAUGCAAUGUAUGUUGCUAAGAAGGCUGGGAGGCAUGAACUGUACUUGAAGAUCUUACUUGAAGACCUUGGCAGAUAUGAUGAAGCGUUGCAGUAUAUUUCAAGUCUUGAACCAAGUCAGGCUGGUGUGACUGUGAAGGAGUAUGGUAAAAUUCUCGUUGAGCACAAGCCAGUGGAGACAAUUGAGAUACUCAUGAGACUUUGCACUGAGGAUGGAGAAUCGGCAAAGAGAGGAUCCUCAAGUAGCAUGUACUUAACUAUGCUGCCAUCUCCUGUUGAUUUUCUCAACAUUUUCAUCCAUCAUCCGCAGUCUCUCAUGGACUUUCUUGAAAAAUAUACGAACAAGGUGAAGGACUCCCCAGCACAAGUAGAAAUCCACAAUACACUCCUGGAAUUAUACCUGUCCAAUGACUUGAACUUCCCAUCAAUCUCACAAGCUAGCAAUGGUGUAGAUCUCACUCUUAAAGCAAGAUCUGGUUCAUCUGCAAUGCCCAAAGCAGAAUUCAAUUUAAAACCAAAUGCUGAUUGCAAAGAUAUAUUUAAGGAAAGACACCGUAUGGAAAGGUGUGAGAAGGGUCUACGCCUGCUUAAGAGUGCUUGGCCAUCUGACCUGGAGCAGCCACUUUAUGAUGUUGAUCUUGCCAUCAUUCUCUGUGAGAUGAAUGCAUUUAAAGAAGGGCUUUUGUAUCUCUAUGAGAAGAUGAAACUAUAUAAAGAGGUUGUUGCCUGCUACAUGCAGUCCCAGGACCAUGUGGGAUUGAUUGCAUGCUGCAAAAGGCUGGGGGAUUCUGGUAAGGGAGGAGACCCAUCUCUUUGGGCAGAUCUGCUGAACUAUUUUGGUGAACUUGGAGAAGAUUGCUCAAAGGAAGUGAAGGAUGUCCUGACAUACAUUGAAAGGGACGACAUCUUGCCUCCUAUUGUUGUUCUUCAGACGCUAUCCAGGAAUCCAUGCCUUACACUCUCUGUCAUUAAGGAUUAUAUUGCUCGGAAGCUUGAGCAGGAGUCGAAACUGAUUGAAGAAGAUCGACGAGCUAUUGAGAAGUAUCAGGAAGACACUUUGACAAUGAGAAAAGAAAUUCAGGAUCUCAGGACAAAUGCAAGAAUAUUUCAGCUCAGCAAGUGCACUGCUUGCACCUUCACCCUUGAUCUUCCUGCUGUCCACUUUAUGUGCAUGCAUUCAUUUCAUCAGCGUUGCCUUGGCGAUAAUGAAAAAGAAUGCCCUGAGUGUGCUCCUGAGUAUAGAUCUGUUCUGGAAAUGAAGAGAAGCCUGGAGCAGAAUUCUAAAGAUCAAGAUCGAUUUUUUCAGCAGGUGAAGAGUUCAAAGGAUGGGUUUUCUGUGAUUGCUGAGUAUUUUGGAAAAGGGAUCAUUAGCAAAACCAGUAAUGGAUCCACAGGCACUGGCAGAUCAGGUGGCACAUCUUCCAGGAGUGACUUCUGA